UACUGGCAUGUGAAUAUUAGCACAUACACCACCUGGUCACACUGCUGCAAUGUUCUCAGCAGAGGAAAAUAUGAGAAAAAGUGGAAAAAUAACAAAACAAACGUGCAAAAAACGUUGAAAAACGCGACGCGCAAUAGUAGAAAGAGUGAUCGACAAAUAAGAGAUUGGAACGGCGUGCGCGAAAAAGCGGAAAAACCACAGAACAAAGCGAAAAAAGUGAAGAGCCAUCGCAGCGACGAAGAUGAGCGAAGAAGAAGAAGCGAGGCAGCAGCAGCAGCAAUAAUAAGUUGUUCUCUGUGCGAUUGAGAGAGUGCAGCAGAGCAAAAUAGGGGCAUUAAAAAACGCGAAAUAAACGAAAAUAAGAAUACGAGAUUGCUGCGAAGUGAGUGUGCACAACGGUAAAAGUCCCGUUGCCCGCAAAAAAUCUACCGCCCCGCGUGCCUGUGUGUGUAUGUUUCUGUGUUUUUGUCUAUAUUGGUGAGCUUUCCCAUUAGUGUGCGAAAAACAAAAGCCCAAAAAAUCGGAGCAAAGAAUAUAUAGAAAUCAAGGAAAUGCAAUAUAGAAUCGGCCGACGCCGCCGCUUUUGCUGCGUGCUGUAAUCCCAAUUGGACUCCCAAUUGGAGGCACACACUCUGUGUGUGUUUGUGGCUGUGCGUGUGCCUGUGUGAAAAGAGGUCAAAGGCGCAACAAAAGUUUUUCACUUUUCAUGCGGUAACCAAAAAAAAAAUAGCGCAAAAAGUGCCAACCAGCUGAGAGCGCAAAAUAAAAAAAAAAAAACAACGUCGCAGUUUUGCGUUAAAACAAUAAGCUCUCCCAGUGUGCGUGCGGAUGUAUGUGUGUGUGUAAGAGCGAGGCGAAAUAAAGCAAAAAAAAAAACAAUCAGUUGUUAAAAUAAUCCCCAACAAACCGAUUUUCGGAUUUAACAACUCGGCUCGCAAACAACUCAAAAUCAAAUCUGGUUUUAUCAGGCGACGCAAAACAAAAAAACGCAAAAGGCCAUAACCAUAACAACAGCAACAAGAAAAAAAGCGCCAAAAAAUUAAAAUCAUCUAUAUGUGAUUUUAAUCAAGCAAGAAUUCAAUUUGCAUAGCACAAGACCGACAGAAAGAGAAAGAGCGAGAGAUCCAAUUGGAGUUAGCGGCAAACGAGAGAGAAUAGACACAUCCUCCACAAUGGCCAAUCCGCGGAAGUUCAGCGAGAAGAUAGCGCUGCAGAAGCAAAAGCAGGCGGAGGGCACGGCGGAAUUCGAGCGGAUUAUGAAGGAGGUGUAUGCCACGAAGAGGGAUGAACCGCCGGCGAAUCAAAAGAUCCUAGAGUGCCUGGGCGGCGGGCAGGAAGUGAGCCAAUCCUCACCAGGAGCUGGCAAUGGGUCAGGCGGCGGCGGUGGCAGUGGUUCUGGAAGUGGAGCCAGCGGUGGAGGAGCCUCGCCUGACGGCUUGGGUGGUGGAGGUGGUUCACCGACGGCUUAUCGGGAAUCCCGGGGACGUAGCGUUGGCGUAGGACCUAUGCGAAGACCCUCGGAACGCAAGCAGGAUCGUUCGCCCUAUGGCAGCAGCAGCACGCAACAAACCCUUGACAAUGGCCAACUAAAUCCGCAUCUUCUCGGUCCGCCCACGACGGAGAAUUCGUGGCGGCGCUCUAGCUCUGAUUCCGCGCUUCACCAGAGCGCGCUUGUGGCGGGCUUCAACGAUGUCAACUCGAUGGGUGGCAACUAUCAGCAGCAGCAACAUCAGCAACAGCAAUCAGGCCAGCCAAGAUCUCACUCACCGCACCAUGGGAUAAACAGAACUCUGAGCCCGCAGGCGCAACGUAGGAAGUCACCGAUACUGCAACCCCAUCAGUUGCAACUGCAGCAGCUCCAACAGCAGCAGCAACACAUGCAGCAGCAACACCAGAACCAGUUGCAUCAGCAGCUUCAAAUGCAGCAGAUGCAACAGCAGCAGCAACAACAACAGCAGCAUCAACAGAACACGCCAUACAACAACGCCAAAUUUGCGAAUCCUGUGUUCCGGCCUUUGCAGGAUCAGGUCAACUUUGCCAACACCGGCUCCUUGCCCGAUCUCACGGCCCUACACACCUAUGGACCCCAGCAGCAACAGCAAUCCCAGCAGCAGCACACGCAACAGCAGCAAUUACAGCAAACUCUAUCGCCUGUCAUGUCACCGCACAAUCACCGCCGCGAUCGGGAUCAGUCGCCAAGUCCGUUUAGUCCGGCGGGUGGAGGAGGUGGAGCAGGACCUGGAUCACCUUAUCAGCAGCAGCAGCACUCGCCCACCGGCAACACGCAACAACAACAACAACAACCCAGCAGUUCGCCGCACCUGUCCUUCACCAAUCUGGCCACCACGCAGGCAGCUGUCUCCACAUUUAAUCCGCUGCCAACGUUGGGACCACACAAUGCCACCGACUACCGCCAGCCACCGAAUCCUCCUAGUCCACGCUCUUCACCCGGUUUGCUGAGCAGCGUUUCGGCGACGGAUCUGCACUCCAGUGCACCGGCCAGCCCCAUACGCCAGCAGCAACAGGUCCAGCAACAGCAGCAGCAGCAACAACAACAACAGCAGCAGCAGCAGACGCACCAGCAACAGCAACAGUUUGAUAACUCCUACAACAGUCUGAAUACCUCGUUUCACAAUCAGUUUGAGAUCUUCUCGCUGGGCGACAGCAAUUCCUCACCUGAACAACAGGGUUUCGCCAACAACUUUGUGGCCCUGGACUUUGACGACCUGAGUGGAGGCGGUGGUGUUUCAGGUGGAGGCAAUGGAAGUAAUGGGGGAGGCCUGACCAAUGGAUACAAUAAGCCAGAUAUGCUGGACUUCAGUGAGUUGAGCGGCAGUCCGGAGUCGAGUGGGAACAACAACCAUAUGCGACGAGGAGUGAGCAAUCUGAAUAACAACGGAUUGAGCAAUGGUGUGGGAUCCACGCACAAUGGCAGCACAAAUCUAAACGGAGCGGGGAACAACAAUAGCAGUAGUGGUGGUGGUUCGGGUCAGGAUCCUUUGGGCAUAGCUGCUUCGCCUGUGCCCUCACCAUUGGGAUGUCCGAGCUCACCGCUACCGAUACCCAUGUCGGCACAAGCAUCGCCACAACAGCAUCACCACCACCAUCAGCAGCAGCAGCAACAACACCACCAUCAACAGCAACACCAUCAGCAGCAACAACUAUCGCUAUCUCUGCACCAUUCGCCGCAUCAUUCGCCGAUGCAUUCGCCCCACCAUGGGAAUUCACCGCUAUCGAGCAGCUCGCCAGUGAGUCACAAUGCCUGCUCCAACUCUAAUGUGGUGAUGAACCACCACCAGCAGCAACAGCAACAUCAGCACCAGCAUCACCAACACCAGGGAUCCUCGCAAAGUCACACGCCGACCACAGCGAAUAUACCCUCGAUUAUCUUCAGCGAUUACUCCUCCAAUGCGGAUUUCUCGAGGGAGAUCUUCGACACCCUGGACCUAGAUCUGGGCCAGAUGGACGUAGCCGGGCUGCAGAUGCUGUCCGACCAGAAUCCCAUCAUGAUCGCCGAUCCCAACAUCGAGGAUAGUUUUCGGCGCGACCUCAACUGAUACUAUGAGGAGGCUGUUGCGGCCAUCGAAAGCGGAGUGCUGCUGGAGGACGACUACCAGGCGCUACUGGGAUCGGAGGCGCUGGCAGAUGAGCAGGUGGCCAAUGUGGAGGCCGCCGCAACAGCAGCAAUUGUAACAGUUGACGAGGCAGCCCACGAUAGCGACAAGGACAAGAAAGAUUUGGAAGUGGUGGAACUGCUGGUGUCUGGUGUGAUGGAUGACCUUGUGGACUCCAGUGACCUGGACGAGGAAGUGCGCAACUUCUUUUUCUAGGUUGCAAGCCUUUUUUUAAUAUUUCGUCGUUAUCACAACUGUUGUGGGAUUUUCAUUUUCAACACAAAUAUGAGGAAGUGAAUUCAGUUUUUUAUGAACUUUCAUAUAAAUUUCCCGAUUAAAUGCCAUAUUACUUAAGCGAAUGAUUCACAAGCUAAUGUGAAUUAAUAUAAAUUCGGAAAUGUUGACGAGGGUGAUUGAAGGUUAUAUAAUAUAUAAUUUCACUUCCGCAAAUUCAUGGUGAAAAUGAAAGUUUACUAACAGGCCUCAAUAUUGUUAAUUCGUUAUCGUCCGUGCUUUCGUAGCUAGCUCUUACAAAAAACUAAAAAAAAAAAAAAAAAUGAAAUGAAUCGUUAACCCCUAA